AUGGAAUCCUGCCGUUAUAAUGUAUCACUAUUAUACCGUUCUUUAGAAAUGGAUUAUUUAAAAAUAUUAGCCAUUUUUUUAAUUUUUACGCAAAUUUUCCAAGUAGCAUUCGCUCGACCAUCAUCAAAUUCACGACAUGAUUUAACCCAAUCGGCUUACAACAUCGAUCUAGAUGAUUUAAGUGACAACGAUUUGAAUGAUUUAACUGACUAUUCAUCAAAAUCGAAAAAAUGGAUCAAAUUUAUCAGUAACAACAACGAAGAUCGGCGAAAAAAGUUUUUAGACUCAGGACAUAGUCUGCAAGGUUUAUGGGCUAUGCCGGGAAAACGAUAG